AAGUGGUCGAGCUCUUGGCUGGAGGUUUUCCCAGCAGCCGCUCCCAGCGGGAAGGGGACCCUCAGGUGGUAGGGGCUGCAAGUCCUGAACCAUUCUGAUUGCCUAGCCCAAUGGCAGCCGAAGUGAAGGUGUCUGGGCAGAAUCAGGAGCAGUUUCUGCUGCUGGCAAGAUCUGCCCGCGGAGCUGCUCUGGCCAACCUCAUUCAUCAAGUGCUGGAAGCCCCUGGUAUUUAUGUUUUUGGAGAGCUACUUGACAUGCCAAAUGUUCAAGAGCUAGCCGAAAGUGAAUUCUCACCUAUUUUCCGCCUGCUUACAGUCUUUGCAUAUGGAACGUAUUCAGAUUACCUGGCUGAAGUUGGGAAUCUGCCUCCCUUGACAGAAGCUCAGAAGAACAAACUGCGCCAUCUGUCUGUGGUCACCUUGGCUUCCAAGCUGAAGUGCAUCCCCUAUUCUGUACUGUUGGAGCAGCUCCAGCUGAAGAAUGUGCGGCAACUGGAGGAUUUGGUGAUUGAGGCAGUGUAUGCCGAUGUACUCCGAGGGAGCCUGGACCAGCGCAACCAGCGGUUAGAGGUGGAUUACAGUAUUGGCCGGGACAUCCGCAGGGAGGAGCUCAGUGUCAUUACCCGCACGCUUCAAGAAUGGUGCCAGGGCUGCGAAGUUGUCCUUUCAAGCAUUGAAGAACAAGUUAGCCGAGCCAAUCAACACAAAGAGCAGCAGCUGGGCCUGAAGCAGCAGAUUGAGAGUGAGGUGGCAAAUCUGAAGAAGACGAUUAAGGUGACAACAGCAGCUGCAGCAGCGGCAACCUCCCAAGACCCCGAGCAGCAUUUGUCAGAACUCCGGGAGCCCGCACCGGGUACCAACCAGCGCCAGGCUAGCAAGAAGGCCUCCAAGGGCAAAGGGCUCCGAGGCAGUGCAAAGAUCUGGUCUAAAUCAAACUGACAGGACUGCUGGCUGGGGAGUUGAAGCAGGUGUCCCACGUCUGGUGCUUUCUUCUUCAAUCCAGAUGUAUUUCUGCGCAACUUUGUCCCUGUGUAAAUGGUUCCGCCUUCCCAUUAUUUUCUUCUUGUGUUUCUUACAGCUGCUUUCCCCUGUUCCUCUCUGGUAAUCUUGUUUGUACCUUCUCUGUUUUGAAUGCUACUCC